AUGGCCCCAUUUUCCCCCCUAAACACCACGGUGCUCGGCCCCCCACCCCCACAGACGCCCGGCUCCGCCAGCCAGAGCUCAGGCCACCUGCUGCUCAUGCGCGAUGGCCCACGCGGCAUCGAGGACACUGAGCGCGGCCUGAUCCUGGCGGUCGGGGGCGAUACCCUCUCCGGCAUCGCGCUGCUGAUGCAGGGCCGCGACGGCGAGCGCCCGCUCUGCCUGGACCUGCUCUGGACGGUGCUGCAGCGGGGGAAGGAGCUGAGCAAGCGCGACUGGCGGCUGGAGAGGGUGGCCAUCGUGGAGCUGCGCGGCAUGGCCUACAUCGGCCGCCUCUUCUUUGGCGACGGCGCGGGGGGCGCUGCUUGGGACUGCGACUGCCGCCCCUCCGACGGCUGCUGGCUGUCGCUCAAGGAGAAGUGCCCCAUCUACAUCCACCGCCGGGUGUGGGAGGACAACUCCACCCCCCUCCGUGACCUGGCUCGCAAGGACGACGCCCCGUCCCCGCUGACUCAGCGCAGAGGAAAGGGCGGCGCCACGUUGGGCAUGGAUGGCGUCGUGCUGGGCAGCGACAACAGCCUGCCCUCCCAGGUCACCAGCAUCAGGGACUCCGACCCUGAGCUGCUCAAGCGCCUGAAGAUGGAGAUGCGGGUGGCCUUGAAGGACGAGGACUACGCGACGGCGACAAGAUUACGGGACCACCCCUUCAUGCGGCUGCACGCCAGGAUCCUGACCGCAGAGAAGGAGGGUGCCGCUGAUGAGGUGCAGCGGCUGCGGGACGAGCUCGACUUCACCGUGGCGACCUACGAGCAGACGGGGGUGCUGCCGGAGGUGCACCCCAGCGAGCAAAGGGAGAAACGCCGCUCCACAGAUGCGGAGCAGUGA